CACACACUCCGCACACACCUCCCGGACUCGGACACACAAGCACUCAGGCCGGUGUGGGAGCAGAGCGCAGGCUGAACGGAGCCGUUACCAGAGAGAGACCCAGGAUAAGGAGUAGCGGUGCCGCUGGAGGUGUCAGGACAUUCAAAUAUCUUGUUUUGGGAAGCGGGAGCGCACGACUAUUCCAUAUUUGUCAUUCUUAGACUCUUCUAACCCUCGGACUGAGGCUUCCACAGCCUGUAAAGAGGGCUUUUUUUUUUUUUGGGACUUUUCCUGCACAGGAGAGCCGACCCUCGUGUGCGCAAAAAAUACGCAGGAAGCGCAGAGAGAGAGAGGAGAUAGCGGAGACUGGGAGCCUCUCAGUCGGAUCUCGACGCGCCCUGGAGCCGCUGUCCGGACUCUCCGGAGCGCAGAAACCGCCCGAAGCCUCCGAGCUGCGGAGCGCACGCGGUAUUGAUCCAGGAGUUUGUUUGCUCACUGUUUUUCGGAGGACGUUUUAUUCCGCUAAAUGGACAGGGACAAAAACUGAAACCACUUUAUGAUAUGUAGCCUAGUUGGAACUACUGUCCACCAAUGGUUUAAAAAAAACGCCCUGGGAUUAUAACUGAACUGUUUCCAGACGGCUGUGCUCCUGAAGGGGUGUGGAUUUUUUUUUUUCGGGAGGAAAAUCAGAUUUUCUGUCCUGCGAGGAGGAAACAACAGAAACUACAAAGCUCUCCACGAGUUUCCUCGUCGCCCAAGAUGGAUUUGGUGUCAUCCUUGAUUGGAUUUUUACUGGCGAUGUGUCAUCUGGCGUUAAGAGCCAGAGGAGCAGAUGAUGCACAGUGUGGAGGCGUCUACGAUGCCAGCGAGGCCGGUUACAUCACCUCCCCGGGUUACCCCAUGGAGUACCCGCCUCACCAGAACUGCCACUGGGUCAUCACGGCGCCGGAGCCGUCGCAGCGCAUCGUCCUCAACUUCAACCCGCACUUUGAGAUCGAGAGGCUGGACUGCAAGUACGACUUCAUCGAGAUCCGCGAUGGGACUUCAGAUAACGCCGACGUUCUGGGUCGACACUGCAGCAACAUCGCCCCGGCGCCGAUCAUCUCGUCCGGAGCCUCCCUCCAGAUCAGAUUUGUGUCAGACUACGCCCACCAGGGGGCGGGCUUCUCUCUGCGCUACGAGAUCUUCAAAACAGGGUCGGAAUUCUGCUUCCGCAAUUUCACCAGCUCCUCUGGGAUGAUCGAUUCUCCGGGCUUCCCGGAUAAAUACCCUCACAACCUGGAGUGCUCGUACAUGAUCAUCGCCCCGCCGCACAUGGACAUCACCCUGACAUUCCUUACCUUCGAUCUGGAAAAUGACCCCCUGCUGGUGGGAGAGGGGGACUGCAAGUACGACUGGCUGGACGUGUGGGAUGGUCUGCCUCAAGUUGGUCCUCUGAUCGGUCGCUACUGCGGCACAAAGAUCCCCCCAGAGAUCCAGUCGUCCUCCGGCCUGCUGUCCCUCUCCUUCCACACCGACAUGGCCGUGGCCAAAGACGGCUUCUCGGCGCGAUACAACAUGACGCACAAAGAAGUCAGCGACUCGUUUCACUGCAGCAUGGCGCUCGGCAUGGAGUCAGGAAAGAUCAGCGACGACCAGAUCACCGCUUCCACAACUUUCUAUGACAACCGCUGGCUGCCGCGCCAGGCCCGCCUCAACAACGACGACAACGCCUGGACGCCGUCAGAGGACAGCAACAAGGAGUACAUACAGGUCGACCUCCACUUUCUGAAGGUGUUAACGGGCAUCGCCACACAGGGAGCCGUUUCAAAGGAGACGCAGAAGUCGUACUACGUCACCACCUUCAAACUGGAGGUCAGCACCAACGGCGAGGACUGGAUGGUGUACCGACACGGCAAGAACCACAAGAUUUUUCACGCCAACACGGACCCGGCCGAGGUCGUCCUGAAUCGAGUCCCGCAGCCGGUUUUGGCUCGGUUUGUCCGUAUCCGACCGCAGACGUGGAAGAACGGCAUCGCCCUGCGCUUCGAGCUCUACGGAUGCCAGAUAACAGAUGCUCCGUGCUCAGACCUGCAGGGCCUGCUGUCCGGCCUGCUCCCCGACGCGCAGAUCUCCGCCUCCUCCAGCAGGGACGUGGUGUGGAGUCCUGGCACCGCCCGUCUGGUGGCGAGCCGCUCGGGCUGGUUCCCGGCGCCUGCACAGCCCCUGGCGGGAGAGGAGUGGCUCCAGGUGGACCUCGGCGUGCCAAAGACUGUGCGCGGUGUGAUCACACAGGGAGCGAGGGGAGGGGACGCAGGAAGCGGGGCGACCACGGAUAACCGGGCGUUUGUCAGGAAGUACAAAGUGGCACACAGCCUGAACACAAAAGACUGGAAUUUUAUCAUGGACCCCAAGACGAGCCUGCCCAAAACGUUUGAGGGGAACACACACUACGACACCCCAGAGCUGCGUCAUUUCGAGGAGACAGUGGCGCAGUACGUGCGGCUGUAUCCUGAGCGCUGGUCUCCUGCAGGGAUCGGGAUGAGAGUGGAGAUUCUGGGCUGCGACCUUCCAGAGAUGACCACGCCCGCCGACACCGUCACGCCAACACUGCCUGCUGACACUGAGACCACCACGGUCCCUGUGACGACUGCAGCAGCCACGUCUCCUCCGGCAGACACCGUGUGUGACUUUGACCACGGCCUGUGUGGGUGGACGCACGACCCCAACGCCCCCCUCCUCUGGUCUCUGCACAGCCACGAGCUCAACAGUUAUCUGUACAUGGACGCCAGCCUGAAGACGGAGCAGCAGCAGGCCCGGCUGGUCAGCCCUGUUGUUGCCGCCGACACAGGGCCGCUCUGCCUCCUCUUCUUCUACCAGCUGUCUGGCGAGGCUCAGGGCCACCUAAAGGUCCUGCUGCGGGACAACCACAACGAGGAGACCGUAGUGUGGACGCUCAAAGACGAUCAGGGUCCUGUGUGGAAGGAGGGUCGAACCAUACUGCCUCGCUCCCCCAAAGACUUCCAGGUGGUGAUGGAGGGUUUCUUUGUGCACGGCACCAGAGGACACAUCUGGAUCGACAACAUCCACAUGAGCUCCAGCAUCCCUCUGAAAGAGUGUACACAACCCUUCACGGCAUUUCCUCCUGAAAACCCAGGGGGAGGCGUUCCUGUGCCUCCCUUGCCCAUCCACUGGUAUUACAUUAUGGCCGCCGGAGGCGCCCUCCUUCUCCUGGCAGUGGCCAUCUUGGUCAGAGCGCUCUGUUGCUGCCGACAACACCUGGCCACCAAGAAGAGCCAGCUAUCAGUGGCCUAUCACAGCUCCUCGCAGUGUUUCCAGUAUUCUAACUGGUCCUCCAGUAUGGCCACCCCAGGGGUGGAGCCAGUCCUGACAGUGAGGCUGGACAGCCGGGACAGACACCGUACCCUCUGCUGAAAAGUGAAGCACUUAUCUGUGAUGUGUCUGCUGACUUGUGAUGUCAGUGCAGCAUGAUGGCUGCAGAAAUGACAGAACAUGGAAGAACCCUUCACGUAUUUAGUCACAAGAGUGACACAGACAUUGUCCAAAACUGCCAAGUGGAAAUUUGCAAAGAAACACUGUGCCUCUCUGUCUUCAAUGGAUGUAGCUUCGGUUGCUGUUUUUCUGUUGUUGACAUUUCACACUAUGUUGCUCCUGAUGAGAGGACUUAACUCGGAGUAAGUUAUUUAUCUGAACAGCUUGCCUUGGACCAUUGAGCGCUGUCUGGCUCCUCAUAACCCCAGCGGUCCUCUAGAAAUGACCCCAGCAUGGACAGAACACACAGCCAUGUGUGGGCUGGGGAGAGGAGGAGGGGAUUUGAGCUGGUUCAGCCACGAGAGCCAGCCAAAGCUGCCAAACCACAGGCUAAAACAAGACCCCAGAGACAUGAAGAGCUGUGCAGUGCUGGGAGAGAGAGGGAGAAAACUGUUAGGCUGAGAGGCUGCUAGCUGUGGAAAUGAUCUGGCAAGCCCCAGAAAAUAAAGCCCUUCUGUAAUAACAACACGAGAUAGCUGUGAUAUGAGUCGUACCAGUAGUCAGGAUGCUGUGAGGAGAAAAUAAAAAUCCUUCCUUUGUCCUUUUCAACAGAGCAUGUGCACAUUAAAAAACAAAAGGAAUGCAAAUCCAUCAUACUUAAAAUCCUGCAUCACAAAUGGAGAUAACCAGCUCGUUUGAUUGAACAUCUUGUCUCCCCCCUGAUAAAGGCAUCAGUCAGUGAUGGAUGCAGCCGUCUUCAGUGUUUAGUGUUUCAUCUUGAUUCUCUGGCGUAAUAAAGCACGUUGUUCCACUCCCAUUUCUGCUCCAUACCACCCACACCCGUUGUUCCCCCUUGUCUUUGAGCUGCCCAGAUGAAAGCCCUGCCAAGCCGAGCUGUGUUGUGUUUUCAGUGGGAAUAUGUGCUUGUUGUUUUAGGGCUUGUAAAUAGACACAGCUGUCUGCCAUCACCACUUCUUACUUGAUUUAUACUCCUACAAAUCCCACAAUGCCGCUGGACCAGCUGGAAGCCAUAAGCGCUGUGUUUUCCUGUAUAUGUGCAGCCUUGAGAGGGAUCCAAGAUGUAAUGAAAAGCAGAGUAGAGCAUGAUAGGAGGCCUCGGAAGAGCUUCGAACAUAAAAUAAGACGGAGCUCAUGCACUUCUGAUUUACAUAAGGUUGUCAAAAUGUUCGAUACUGCUCGAUGGCACGCGUUUUAAAACUACAGUCUUUAACCACAAGCUGCUGGGAGAGAAAGAGAGCACUGUCCACACUGCACAAAAUGUGUUGUCGCCAAUGCGUGUGUGCAAUUUAGACAGAGAGUUUUGUUCAAAAAUAAGAUCCCCAACAUCAGGUUCCUAGGACUUCUCUUUUGUUGGUGUAGUAUGGAUAUCGUUUGAAUUUUACUAACAUAAUAUCCAAGUUUAAAAAUCUGGUAUUGUGAAAACCCUAAUAUCUGUAAUCAAAAAGAUUUAUAGUUCAAUUCCUCCAAAGUGUCCGAGAGAGACACAUUUGCAGCAAUCUAUCUCGCUCUCUCUCUUGAAACAAGCUCAUUUUAACACCCCGGAUUGAAUGAAAUUGAGGUCUUCGCUCUGGAGCUUAACGGGCCGUGCUUUUCGUGAUCUGUCACACCAGUAAGAAUCCAUCACCUUCUCGCCCACAGCUCGGCAGAAAGCACCUCCAAUUUGUUGCCACAAUUUAGACGCAGAGCUUUUCUCUUGGGAGUAAAAAAAAAAAAAGCACUUUUUUUGGCACGCUUUCAGUUUGUGCUUUUAAAUCACGCUGAGGAGGAGGAGGAGGAGGAGGAGGAGGAGGGAUUGGACACCCUGCUCUGUCCAUCCCGACACCGUUACGCUCCAAGCCUCUAAUAGUUGUAAUUAGUUAAUGGACGGAUAACAUUUAUUAAGGCUGCGGUAAGCACUUUUCCCUCCAAACCGCCGCACCUUCAUCGCCCAACCCGCUGCCAACUACAGUUUCCCUGGAAACAGAAUGAAUAACGCCAUUGGCCGUCAAAGACCUCCAGAUCUAGACGUGUGCAUUGCCAAGCAGCUACUCCCACUCCUGCACGAUGCCAAAAGCAGCAACACACACACACACACACACACACUCUCAUCUAAAGUACACUUGAGUUAUUUGGCUCCACUAAAGUGCUGCAGCCAUCCUUAAGUUUUUACCACUUGUAAUCUUCCAAUUCAGACACUCGACAUCAAUUUUCAGUUCACACCGGCCUGACUUUGAGUGAGUUUUUAACGCCAUUUAAAGCCACAAGCACUACUUUAAUGUGGCUGCCCGUUACUUUUCCGUGUCUUUAAUCAUCUUAGUCACCACUCUUAAACUUGUCGGUAACAGUGAUUCUAACGGUGAUAAUGAUUGUUGUUGUUGUUGUUGUUAAUGAUUUCUGCAUCUGUUUUUACUGGGAAUGAACAGUCUUAUGCCAUCAGUAUGUUAUGUGACGACUGUGUGUUUGACUGGAAUGUAUCAUGACGAUGUUUCUCGAUAAAUAAAGACGUAUUUUUCUAUUA